AUGGGUUGGGCACCCUGGCACACCCAAUGUCUCGUAUUUCUCUACCUAUCCUCGGCGUUCGUCCAGGCAGCGCGCAACACGAGCUCUCUCGACUUCUCAUUAGCCCAAGACGCCUUAUUGCCUCCAGGGCGCUGUCCUCCAUGCUUCAACUGCUUGCUUCCGCGGUUCACCUGUGGUCAAUACGGGAACUGCGACCCAUAUGAUGGGCAAUGCAAAUGCCCCCCUGGGUGGGGUGGUAUAGAUUGCUUAGUUCCCCAAUGCGACUCGCUUGCCGAUGGCGAGCAGAGACGUCUCCGUGAAGAAGGCAAACCAUGUGACUGCAAGGAUGGAUGGGGCGGGAUCAAUUGCAAUGUCUGCGAGGCCGACACGGCGUGCAAGAACUUCCCUCUCGCCGGCGGUAUCGCUGAAUUACUGGGAAUAAGCUCCUCGGAUAGCGACGACGAGCCAGCGGAGGAAGACAACGGCGGUAUGGUCUGCUACACAGGAGGCGAGACGGUGUUUCAGAACCACCAAAUGUGCGAUGUAACAAACCGCAAGAUCCUCGAUAUGCUGCCUGGGCGCCCGCCCCAGGUUACCUUUUCGUGCACUAUGCCCCCCGAAGACUCGCUUGCCGCCGCUAUGUCCAAUGCGCUCGCGUCGCCCUCGAACGGAACAUGUGCCUUCCAAUUCUGGACUGCGCAGGUCGAGUCGUUCUACUGCGCGCUGGAAGGGUGCGACUCGGAACGCAUCGUGGACUACGAUCGCAACACGACCCGCUACGCAUGCGAGAAGAUCAAAUGCAGAUGUGUUCCCGGCCGGUUCAUAUGUGGGGAGGACGGCAGCGUUGAUAUCUCUGACUUCUUGACGGAGGAGAUCAAAGGGCCCGCGACGUUCUCGUGCUUGGCGACGUCGGGUGUCAAUGGCACGAGUACGGACUCGACGUCCGACUGCAAGUUCGAGGAGCCGGCGAUGAAUCAGCUUAUCAACGACAUCUUUGGUGAUGGGUACAUAUCGCUCAAGUGCCACGGCGGGGAAUGCCUGCACUAUUCGCUGGUCCCCGGCUUCGUUCGACCUCCAAAGCCGGACAACACCCUAUGGGUUGCGCUCAGCUCAGCUGGGGCUUGUUUCGUCGUCAUCCUCGCUUCCGGCGUGCUCUGGUACGCAGGCCGACCGAACCCUGGGUCUGACUUUGGGAAGAUUCGUCUCCCAGAGAACGAGGCAGCGAAACUGAUGGCGGAACAUGUUCCCGCGUCGCUCUACUUCAGCAACAUCUCAUAUUGGCUUCCCUCUCCCACCGGGAUGACGACGCCCAGCUCCGCCGAUGCCCCCAGAAUCCUCGACAAUAUCUCCGGAUGCGUGAACCCAGGGCAGGUCAUGGCGAUAAUGGGCGCCUCCGGUGCAGGGAAGUCCACGCUACUCGACAUUCUUGCGCGGAAGUACAAGCUUGGGACGUCGGCUGGGGCCACGCUUGUCAACGGGCGCGUCGUCAAGGACUCGGAAUUCCGCUCUGUUGCGGGCUUCGUGGAUCAGGAGGACACACUGAUGAGUACGUUGACGGUGUAUGAGACCGUUUUGUAUAGCGCGCUGUUGCGACUUCCCCGCGAGAUGAGCGAGGAGGGGAAGAAGUUUAGGGUGCUGGAAACACUGGGAGAACUCGGUAUUCUGGGCAUUAAGGACAAGAGGAUUGGCGCGUCUGGCAGACGGGGGAUUAGCGGCGGAGAGAAGAGGCGUGUGUCUAUUGCGUGUGAGCUUGUGACGAGCCCAAGCAUCCUCUUCUUGGAUGAACCUACCAGUGGUUUGGACGCCUACAAUGCUUACAACGUCGUUGAAUCACUCGUCUCCUUGGCACGCAACUACCAGCGGACUGUGGUCUUCACAAUCCAUCAACCCCGAAGCAACAUCGUCGCCCUAUUCGAUCAACUCCUGCUUCUCGCCCAAGGGAAGAUGGUCUACUCCGGCGAGCUUUCCAAAUGCCAGGAAUAUUUUGAAACUGUAGGAUGCAAGUGCCCUCCCGGGUUCAACAUCGCUGAUUAUCUCAUUGAUCUGACUAUGCACGCUGGCAUGGACAUCAACGCCAGUCGCGGCAUCAGCCCGACCGCGACCUUUAUGCCUACCGCCGCCGAUGUGGCCUCCAACAUCGCUGAUGAAGAGCGCGGUCUCCUGCCUGACUCACCACCCCCACGAGCCUCAGAGGACACCGAUCAAACCGAAUCCAAUAACUCUGGCGAAGCAUCGACUCAAGUUGGCGGCGCGAGCGAGGGGGCCGCGCAGUAUAUCAAACGCAAGGCCUCGCAGAUCCUGACGUCCGCUGCAUCUAGCCUGCGGAGCGGCCGAGGGGGCGACAGGGGCGAAAGAACUUUGGCGCCGAGAUUGCAGGCGUUGGUGGACGCGUACCAGCAGAGCGCGAUCGCCGGCGAAAUCAAGGCGGCUGGCGAGGAGCUGCAGCGCAACGCGACUGGUGGUCGUACGCCCGCCCGAGAUGGAGAAGGAAAUGGUCCGACCGCUGAACUUCCUGAUGUCGCGCUGGAGACGUCUUUGCUCAGGGGGCGCAAGCGCGCCAGUUGGCUCACGCAGUUCAGGAUUCUUAGUGGAAGGGCGUUCAAGAACCUGUACAGAGACCCGGCGCUCCUCACUGCCCACUAUUUGAGUUCUAUUGCCCUUGCGUUGGUAUGCGGCCUAUUCUUCCACAAUGUGACAAACGAUAUCGCCGGGUUCCAGAAUCGUCUUGGCAUCUUUUUCUUUACGUUGGCCCUUUUUGGUUUCUCCUGUCUGUCCAGCUUGGGCCUAUUCGCUAGCGAACGAAUCUUAUUUAUGCGCGAGAGAGCCAACGGAUACUACUCAUCUUUCACCUAUUUCUCCUCAAAGGUCCUCUUCGAUAUUCUCCCUCUCCGAGUGGUCCCCCCGUUGAUGUUCGGAGCUAUUGUAUACGGCCUCGUUGGGCUUGUACCCACCGUAGCCGGAUUUUGGAAGUUCAUGCUGACGCUGGUGCUGUUUAAUUUGUCGACCGCCAGUGUUGUGCUAUGGCUCUCGAUUGCCUUCGAUAGUAUCAGCGUCGCCAGCUUGGUCGGGACUUUAGUCAUGCUUUUCAACCUUCUGUUUACUGGCUUGCUGAUCAAUCGGGAGAGCGUUUCCCCUUGGUUACAGUGGCUACACACUAUCUCGUUCUUCCAUGCUGCCUUCGAAGCACUCGCUGUGAAUGAACUGAGAUACUUGCAACUCAAAGAGAUUAAGUAUGGUGUAGAACUAGAUGUCCCUGCGGCAACUAUCCUUUCGAUCUUCGGCCUUCGUGCUCAGUCCUUCUGGUGGCCUAACAUAUCGCUGCUGGUCAUAUUCUUCGCCAGUUUCACUAUUGCAAGUUACAUUACACUCCAUUAUUAUGUCAAGGAAAAGCGGUAG